AUGCCAUACACAGGCCCUUUGACUGCAGCUUCGCUCUCGGCUUUGAAUGGAUUAAACAGCAUUUCUUCGAACGACUCGCUCUCCUCUACUUCGAAUUCACCAACCAGCUGCUUGUCCAUUAAUUCAAGUAGCUCUUCCUUGGACAUGCAUUUUACUCCUCAGCCCAGUGCGAUCGAUAAAGGUCCCAGUUCGUUUGCGGCUCCGGUAAUGCCAGUUCCCAAGUCAUUAUUUGCCGCGUUUGGCAAGAACGCCAAACUUGCCAAUAACGCCAGCACACUUUCCCCCAAGAACAGUGAUCUCAAUUCUUCCACAUCCUCCUUAUCCACUAUUGUACCGCAAAGAACUGGCAACACACCGACGCAGACCUCCGCGGCUGUGGAAGUAUCACAAAUGCCGCCUUUAUUGAGAAAGAAGUCUGGUAACAUUGUAAGGUCUUCCUUGAAGUUGCCUCUCCUAGCCAGGUGUAACUCGAUGCCUGUCAACAAGAACGUGCGCUUUGCUGCCAUGUUGGAAGAUGUCAAGACGUUCAACGAGUUCGAAAGACCGAUUGCCGUUUCCAACGAGAACUCUCCUGUGAGCACCCCAAGAGGCAAUGCCCGCAGAAGAGCGAACUUCAACUGGAACUACUCUUCCGAAGACUCCGAGGACGAUUACGAUGAUGAUGACAACGAGAUCGAUGCGGCAUAUGAAAGUGAAGAUGUGGCAUCCCAGGUUGAGUGGAAAAUUACGUCUAACAACAUCCCAAUUCUUAAGACCAGAGACUACAGCGCUGAUCGGAUCAUCUUCGACUCGGUCCACUCCACUACCAACACUACAUUAACCGGUUUAGUUUAUGUCAAGAACGUGGCCUUUGACAAGAGAGUCUCUGUCAAGUUAACUGUGGACAACUGGAAGACCUUCUCGUUCAUCCACGGUUUCUACGUCUCUUCAAAUAACUACGGAGAUUACGACAAGUUCCGGUUUGUUAUCAACUUGUCCAAUUUAAACUUCAGCUACUACGACAAGUUGGUCAACCUUGAAUUCUGCAUCCGAUACGAAGUGGGCGGUGAGACUUUUUGGGAUAGUAAUGGCGGGUCCAAUUACAACUUGCUUUUGCAAAAGAAGUCCAAACCAGCCCUGCAGCAGUUCCUUGUAAAAAAGUCUAGCGCGGCAGCCGCGUCCCUGAUUCCUUUAAAGUCUGGCAACUCGUCUAAGCACAGACAGACCUCGAGUGAAGGAGGGUUCAUGAGCAGAUACAGCUUUGACAAUGUGUCUUCGGAGUACAACUGCAAUGAUUCUUACUUCACCUUCAAGCCAUCGGCUUCCAUGUCUACUAAACCUUCCACCGUUAGCCCGGCUUUAUCCGUUGCCUCCACAUUCAAGCCUGUCGCCAGUGCCCUGUCUGUCACUUCCGCCCCGAGCACCCCUACUAAGCCUGCUUCUAUUGCUAACAAGCCUCGAUACUCUAAUAAAUACAAGCAGAAGCAUCAACUGGCCUUGGACUCAGACUCCAAGAGCCCUCUCGUUUCGUCUGCGUCUGCAGACGCUAUCAAUACCUUGGCAGCGGCGUCCGGGCCGCUUUCUCACCCAUCCACCGUGAAGCCUAGUAAUGGGUUGUACUCAUCUCAGUCGUACACCGACUUGGUCAGGUCGUACUGUUUCUUCAAAGGCGAUGGAGUGGAUCACUCCUUGCCCACCACCUUUGUUUAA